UAUCAGACUACAGGUUCUGAACCCUCAAGGGCUGUCCUUGGCCCAACCCACGGGGGAGACCUCCAUCCUGACCGGAGGUUUGGGGAACAACUCCGCUGUGAUAGGAGGAAUCAGUAGGGGCAAGGUGGUCGAGCACAGCCGUCGGGAGAUCCGGACCGGGACCCGAGUCCGCGGAGAGCCCCGGGCCUCCGCCGCCGCCAUUGCGCCCAAAAGUGAGGAGGAUUUGUUGGCCCUGGCCGCGUCACGGCUGAGCCGCCGCAAGCGGGUGGCGGGAGCGGCCGUCGGGGUAGCCAUGGUGCUGCUGCUGCUGGUAGCCAUCCCGCUACUGGUGCACAGUUCUCGCGGACCAACACACUAUGAGAUGCUGGGUCGAUGUCGCAUGGUGUGUGACCCCCACGCACCCCGAGGCCAAGGCCCCGACGGCGCUCCCGUCUCGGCUCCUCCGUUCCCUCCAGGUGCCAAGGGAGAGGUGGGUCGGCGAGGGAAGGCGGGCCUACGCGGACCACCAGGACCCCCAGGUCCCAGAGGGCCCCCUGGAGAGCCAGGCAGGCCAGGUCCCCCGGGUCCUCCUGGUCCAGGCCCUGGAGGGGCAGCGCCCCCUGCGGGUUAUGUACCCCGAAUUGCUUUCUACGCGGGUCUUCGGCGGCCUCACGAGGGUUAUGAAGUGUUGCGCUUUGACGACGUGGUGACCAACGUGGGCAACGCUUACGAGGCAGCCAGUGGCAAGUUCACCUGUCCCAUGCCGGGCGUCUACUUCUUCGCUUACCAUGUGCUCAUGCGCGGCGGCGACGGCACCAGCAUGUGGGCCGACUUGAUGAAGAACGGACAGGUCCGGGCCAGCGCCAUUGCUCAGGAUGCGGAUCAGAAUUACGACUAUGCCAGCAACAGCGUCAUUCUUCACCUAGAUGUGGGUGACGAGGUCUUCAUCAAGCUGGACGGUGGGAAAGUGCAUGGUGGCAACACCAACAAGUACAGCACCUUCUCAGGCUUCAUCAUCUAUCCGGACUGAACCCAGCACCUUUCCACACACGCGCA